GCACAACGUCCCGAGAAUACCGUCAUGCAAGCCCUUGAAUCCCUCAAUGACGCCCAAGUCAAUGAUUUUCUAAGCGGCAAGACGCCCUUGAAUUUGAGUAUGCGUCUCGGUGAUCACAUGAUGUUGAUACAGCUCCAAUUGAGCACGGUUAAUCCUGUCAGCAAUGCUGCUCAUCACAAUGCUGCGAAUUGUAGCAGCGGUGGUUCAUCAUCAGUUGCGGUGUCGGCAGCAACAGCCCAGUCGUCAUCAGGUUCAUCCUCAACAUCCAACCAAAAUGGCAGCCAUCAACAUCAUCACCACCACCAUCAUCAUCACAAUGGGGUGAUACCAGGAUCAAUUGCCUCAUCCAAUGCCAAUGGAGUUGGAGGACCAGGUGUUACUUCCAUCCCAAAUGCUGCUGUCAGAAAAUUAGAAAUGGAUACCACACAACGUGCUGUUGGUGCCAAACAUGUUGCCGCCCCACCAACAACAACGGUUCGAAUGACAACUCCUUUGGCCGUGCAAUCAGUUGCAACAUCCUCUUCCUCAUCAUCGGUCAAUGGUGGAAAUGCUGCUGCAAUACACACUAAAAAUUCCGAUUUCAGUUCAUAUUUGAGUAAACGGGAUUAUGAGAGUUUACAAAAUAUUGUCAAGAGUAUUGCUAUGGCCCAGCCCUCACCUCUGACACCUGCAAUUACCACAAAUGCUUCUUCGGCUGGUUCGGCUGUUGUACAACCUUCAAACCAAACCUCGACUACAACUGCAAUUCCCGUGGCAUCACCCUUCCACACACCCUCCACCACUGAGGCUGUUCUCUUGGAACAAUCACCCAUUAAAUCUUUAUCUAAUUUAGUCUCAAGCCCCAUUAAGACCACAUCAAUUAAACACAUUCCCCGUAUAGCUUCAUCUUCGAAUAGCAACAACAACAGUUCCUCCAAUUCAGUGGCCCUGGCACAACCGCCAACACCAAUCUGUCAAGAUCCAAUUGCAGCCAAAUUAACCUCCUGCCUGUGUACCAGACUUAAUGGAGGUAGCGGUGCUGGCAGCAGCCAUGCUAGCUCCAAACAAUGCAUUGAGUCGGCAUGCAUUACAUCGCAGACACCACAAUUGGCUCAACAUCAGCAACAACAACAACACCGAACAAGUUCUAUUAUGACCAGCACACCAAAUUAUAAAUCAAUUAAUUCUGGCAAUUCCGGUGUUUUAACAACCCCUCCACCAGCCUUGACAAAUAUUGCCGGCAAUUCUUCCUCAGCGGUGUCUUCUACGUCACGUUCUUCGUCGUCGUCAUCAUCGCUACACAAAACAGCCCACAAUGCAAUUACCCGUAAGCAUCGUCACCAUCAUCAUCACCACCACCAUCAUCAUCACUAUCACCACCCUGGAGUACAAAAUGGCAACAAUGUAAAGUUGCAAUCAAAUCUAUCCUCCUCCUCGUCCACAACACCCACUCGUGGAGGUAUUUCAAAUGAUAGUGGUUUCAAUUCCAGUGACGAUACCCUAAACAAUUCAACACAAACCCCAAUAAAGACCAAAAUGAGUACUACAACACCCUCAGCAGCCGUGCAACCAUCACCGGCAAUGGCUGCCGCCCACAACAACAGCUCACCUCUAAUGAUUAGCGCCCCCUUGGCCUCCGCUUCAUCAUCAAAUACAACAACACCUAUGGCGGUGGCAGCCAACACAUCAACACCACCACCAACACCAGCAACUCCCAUAGAAUUAGAUGAAUCUGGUAUAGUUUCCGAUUCACGUACCCUGGCCGAGGCCUCACGUAAUCUCACCCAAACACUGCGCAAACUAUCCAAAGAAGUUUUCACCAAUAAGAUAGAUUUCUCCGCCAGCGAAGAGACACCACGUAAAAGUGGUUCCGGUGCUGUUAUUGAAUCAAUGAAGAAUCACGGUAAAGGUAUAUAUUCGGGAACAUUUUCGGGUACAUUAAAUCCAGCUCUGCAGGACAGAUAUGGACGUCCGAAACGUGAUAUAUCCACCGUUAUUCACAUUUUAAAUGAUCUACUGAGUGCAACGCCACAAUAUCAUCGUGGUGCACGUAUUAGUUUUGAGGCUCCAUCAACAUCGGCUGCAGCAGCAGCAUCGGUGGCAGCAGCCAGUGGUUCACCGGGUGCUAUACAUCAUAGUUCGAGAAGUAAACAUCUUUCGUCGAAGCAUCAUCACUCUUCACAUCCUUCCUGUGUCAAAUGCAUUAAAUCGCAUAACAAUAGUGCUUCCUCCUCCUCGUCGUCGUCAAUUAAUGGUGGCUCCUCAACAUCUUCACCCAUAUGCAGUUAUGGCGAAUGCAAUGGUCACUAUGUUAGUAAAUCACAAUCUAGCAAGAGCUAUCCAUGUUGUCAGCCAGAUGCCGCCAAUCACCAACAACAACACCAGGUGAUGGUCGAUGAACGUAAGGUGUGUCAAUGCCGCUAUCGCAUUCACAGUGAAACCGGCGAACGAGAACGUGAACAUACCUGCCAGAAAUGUGCUACCGAAAUGGACAACAUGAAGACCAAAUCCAAAUUGGAUCAAUUGCGUCUGGUUAUGCAACAACGUAAGCAGAAGCGGGAAGCACGCAAACUAAAAGGUGCACCAUAUGGAGCACGAGUUGUUGGCAGCACCACCAGUACCUCUGCGGCAGCAACAACAGCAGCCGGUGGUUCUGUCGAUGCUGCCAAUGGCGGCUCCAGUUUAAGCGGCGCUACAAAUAGCUCAAUUAAUGCUGCAAAUAACAAUAAUAAUAACAACAACAAUCAAACACCAAUUAGUGUGGCCAGUGCAUCGACAGCCCCCAGUGAAGUAUCACCAAAUCAUAUUGUCGAAGAGGUUGAUACGGCUGCAUAGAUUUUUAACUAAACAAAAACAAA